UGACACUAUGGAAUGAGACGGCCUAAAUAAGCAAUGAAAUUAUUUUCUAACUAACGAAAAUCCGUUAAAUUACUGCCUCAGUUUUACGUUGGUUUGGGGUUUAUACACUUUUUGUAAUGACAAUACUUUAAAAAUAUUUUUUAUUUAUGAAGCGCUCAAACUAAACUAUUGUUUUAAUUUGGGAAUAGAAAAUUGUUGACAAGUAGUGUGUUCAAUGUUUAAUUCUGUAAAGGUAAGGUAAAUAAACCCUUUGCACCAUCGUAGGCUUUUAUGAUGGGUAUUCAAUGUUUAAAGCUGAGAAAUGUUCUCUAAGAGUAACUAGGUCCUGCAGGUGAAUGUAUUAGCAACAUGAAUGGAAUACGCGAUGAAGAUAGAAAGAAAAGAUUGCGCUUGUUGGAACAAAAAAUCCAAGAUGCCCAGGGAAAAGCGAAUAUUGAUUCACUUCUGGAUACUGUACAAGCUUUAUAUACUGACUGUGACCAUCCAUCCAUAAGGAAACUCAAAAAUAUAGAGGUGUAUAUAAAUCGCUAUGAUGAUUUUGCAAAUGAUAUAAUAAACCUCAGAAUGAAAACUGAUGACUUUGAACACAUAAAGGUAAUAGGUAGAGGCGCCUUCGGUAAAGUUCAAUUGGUCAGACACAGAUAUACUAGACAGGUGUAUGCAAUGAAAAGACUCAGUAAAGCAGACUUGAUAAAAAGGUCAGAUUCAGCAUUCUUUUGGGAAGAACGUCACAUAAUGGCACAUGCAAAGUCUGAGUGGAUUGUUCAGUUGCAUUUUGCUUUUCAAGAUUCUAAACACCUGUACAUGGUGAUGGACUACAUGCCUGGAGGUGAUAUUGUUAAUUUGAUGUCAAAUUACGAUAUACCUGAAGCAUGGGCUAAAUUUUAUACUAUGGAGGUGGUACUUGCUUUGGAUGUAAUCCAUUCCAUGGGAUUUGUGCACAGGGAUGUCAAGCCUGAUAAUAUGUUACUUGAUAAGUAUGGGCAUUUGAAGUUGGCAGAUUUUGGUACUUGCAUGAGAAUGGACACUGAUGGACUUGUUAGAUCAAACAAUGUUGUUGGUACCCCAGAUUACAUAUCCCCAGAAGUUCUGCAAAGCCACGGAAAAGGGAUAUAUGGUAGAGAAUGUGAUUGGUGGUCUGUAGGAAUAUUUGUGUAUGAAAUGUUGGUGGGAGAAACUCCAUUUUAUGCAGACAGUUUACUUGGGACUUAUAAUAACAUAAUGUACCAUGAAAGUAAUCUAACCUUUCCAGAUGAGGUGGAUAUUUCAAGUGAAGCAAAGUCUCUCAUUCAGGGCUUGUUAUGUGACCGAACUAAACGUUUGGGUCGCAACAGUGUACAGGAAAUUAAAAAUCAUCCAUUUUUCAACAAUAAUGAAGGGUGGACUUUUGAAAAUUUGCGAGAUGCUGCGCCUCCUGUUGUACCUGAAUUGACUGGAGAUGAUGACACCAGUAACUUUGAUGACUAUGAGAAAGACGAAGCUCCUGAAGAGGUGUUUCCGAUCCCAAAUACCUUUGUGGGCAAUCAUUUGCCUUUCAUAGGUUUUACCUAUAAUUCUGACUAUCGUUUGUUAUCUGAUGAUGUAGUGGAUGGUGGCGUUAAUAACAUUUACAUCAAACACUCAAAUGAUCAAACAACCAAAUUGGAAUCUCUACUGAAACACGAGCGAAGCAACGUCGAAACUCUGGAAGCAAAACAACAAAUACUCAUUAAUCAAUUAGAUACUCUCGCUCAACGUGAGAGCGAUUUGAGGGAUGAGAUUUCUACAUAUGAGAAGGAAGUAGCUGUGCUGAAACACAGUUGCAAGGAGUUUCAACGCAAGGCAGAGUGCGAAACUGACUUGCGAAAAAGUACUGAAAAUUAUUUAGCUGAUCUCAAGAGGAAAAUGGAAGAGGACCAGACGAAACGUACGAGAGAAAUGAACAAUAACCAGCAACAUAACGUGAGGAUGUUGGAAAAGCAAAUAUCAGAGAUGCAGGAGAAGCUAAAGAUUGAAACGGAAACCUCACAGAAAAUGAGGAAACAAGUGGCUGAAUUGACCAUUGCCAAAACGAACAUGGAGAUGAAAGUGACUGAAUAUCAGACACUUUUGCAGACUGUUCAGUCGCAGAAGGAUAGUUUGCAGGGGGAGGUCACGUCAUUGCAAGAGCAGUUACAUCAGGAACGGAAUUCCAGGUCCAAGGCAUCCGAUAAUCAACUCCUUUUGGAAAAUAAAUUGUCCUUGUUAAAUAAGGAAUUUGAAAAUGUGAGGCACAAGGAAUUAAAAACUGCCGCUGAUAACAUACAGCUUAGCGAGAAGGUUUCGUUUUUGGAAAAGGAAAAUGCUGGGUUGUCGGCUGAGCUUAAAACCGCCCAGAAUAGAUAUCAACAAGAAGUGAGGGCUCAUGAGGAAACAGAGAGGAGUCGGAUGUUAAAUAAAGAAGAAGCUAACAUUGAAGUUGUUAAAGCUCUGCAAACAAAAUUGAAUGAAGAGAAGAGCGCGCGGCAGAAGGCUGAUUUAAACUCGCAGGAAAAAGAGCGGCAAAUUUCCAUGUUGUCGGUUGAUUAUCGGCAAAUACAGCAAAGAUUGCAAAAACUGGAAGGCGAAUAUAGGCACGAAGUCGAGAAAAGUAAAGCAUUACAAAGCCAAAUUGAACAGGAACAGCAGAAAAAGACAAUCCUCCAGUCUGAACUGACUCAAAACUUAAACGAACUCGCCAAAAUAAAGGCAAAGGAAAAUCAGUUGGGCAUCGACUUAACUCAGUUGCAGGAAUCCAAAAAGGUUCUGGAAGAGGAACUAUUUAAAGUUAAACGAAACUGGCAAAUGGAUCAGUUGCAAAUGAAGGAACUGCAAGAUUCCUUAGAGACAGAACAAUAUUUUGCAACUCUAUAUAAAACACAAACUCAGGAGCUGAAAGAAGAACUGGAUGAAAAGAGCCGCCUCAAUAAAGAAUUUGAGGAGGAACGAACUUCUCUUAAGCAUCAGUGCCAGUUGGCUUUGGCUCGCGCCGAUUCUGAAGCACUUGCUCGUUCUAUUGCUGAAGAAACCGUGGCUGAUCUAGAAAAAGAGAAAACCAUGAAGGAGCUGGAGCUGAAAGACCUUAUGAGCAAACACAGGAACGAUAUUAAUACCAAAGAGGCGACACUGAAUGGUCUGAAAGACCGUGAGAAUGAACUGAAGAAACUGACUGAGCAGCUACAAAUGGAGAAGGAGGACCUAGUGAGGCAAAUCAAGCAGCUACAAGAGGAAAUUAAUCGAAAGUCUGAUGGCAGUGAUGAAAUUGAGAAGCUGAGGAUUAAGUUGAAGACUGAGUGUCUCCUGAAACAGCAAGCAGUUAAUAAAUUGCAUGAAAUUAUGAAUAGGAAGGAUCUUCGAGAGAACAAAGGCAAGAAUAAAAUUUCGAGCGCAGAUCUUAGAAGGAAAGAAAAAGAUCUGAAAAAAUUACAGCAAGAAUUGAGUCAGGAAAAGGAUAAAUAUAAUCAGAUGAUAGCCAAUUUCCAAAAGAAUAUUCAAGAUCUAAAUAUACAAUGCAAUGAAGAAGCGGCUGCAAAACAACGUCUUCAGAUGGAGCUGGAUAGUAAAGAUGCGGAAAUUGAACAGCUUCAGUUAAAAUUGGCGGCUAUAAACAGUGAGACUGCGUCUCUCAGUUCAGCAGACAAUGAAGGAGAUGAUGUAAAUUCGGAUCACGUGUUUGAGGGUUGGCUCUCUAUUCCUUCGAAACAGAAUAUAAGGCGACACGGGUGGAAAAAACAAUAUGUAGUUGUUUCAAGCAGGAAAAUCAUAUUUUACAAUUCUGAGAAUGAUAAGCAAAACACUGAUCCAGUGAUUGUACUUGAUCUCAGCAAAGUGUUCCAUGUUCGAUCGGUCACCCAAGGAGAUGUAAUCAGAGCCGAUUCUAAAGAUAUACCGCGUAUAUUCCAAUUGUUGUAUGCAGGGGAGGGAGAGGCUCGGAAAACGCUGGAGGAGCCCAAUAACACACUAGACACGUCAUCGGUUCGCAGUUUUGAGGACAAGCCUCCCGGUUAUAUUACUCACAAAGGGCAUGAAUUUCUCAACAUAUCCUAUCAUAUGCCGACUGCGUGCGAGGUCUGUCCCAGGCAAAUUUGGCACAUGUUUCGGCCACCCCCAGCGCUUGAGUGCCGCCGAUGUCGAAUCAAGAUUCACAAAGACCAUUUAGAUAGGAAAGAAGACAGCGUGCCGCCUUGUAAACUGCACUAUGACCCGUCAUAUGCUAAGGAACUAUUGCUUCUGGCUUCGUCGAGUGAGGAACAGAAGCAAUGGGUAUCUAGGUUAAGUAGGAAAAUUCAAAAAUGCGGUUUCAAGGCCAACAACUCGUCAGGCGGUGACACGGCCAAAGUGUCGCCUAGGGAGUCUACGAGAUCUAGUUUGAAGACAUAUAUGAACGUUCAGCAAAGGUCAGCCACCCUUCCAGCAAAUUCGUCUAUCAGCGGCAAAUGAAGUUAAUUUAAACUGGUAACAAACUAACAAAAUGUGAUAUUAUCUAUACUUUUAAAUGCACUUGUGCACUUAAAUGUAACAUAUAAAGCAAGUUUUUAAGAAUUAUAAUGUAGCCUUCAAGGAUGAAGGCAUUUAUUUAAGAUAUCAGGAAUACGCAUAUUUUGUUGUUAUUCUGUUAGUGAAAAACGCUCAACUAAUAGUGGCAGAAAAACUUACAUAUAUUAUAUUGACACUUGAAACGAACAAACAGAAAUCAUGGACUGUUUUUGAAAAUUCAUACCUUCAGAAUUAAAAAGGAUAUUUGGACCAGGAUAUGGGUAUAAAAUUUUAUCAUCUAUUGCUAGAUAUAAUGGUAAAUUUCAGCUAAAUGAAACUUUUUUUUUUGUAUAUUUACCUAGUUGUGUUAACAAUAACUCACCAAAAAACAACUCGUGAAAACAAUAGGGUGGAUACUAGGUAAAUUUCAACUAAAUGAAACUUUAAAAAAAUGUCGCAUUUUACUUACAUUGCUAAAAUGUAUUUCAAAUUAAAAAACCAUUUUCGAGUGAUUUUGGAUGUCUUUACUAGUUUUUCAUAUAUUUCAAAAGUAUGUUCAUUUCGGGGGUAUUAAUUAAAAAAAUUGUAGGUAGCCUUCACUUCAUACACCGAAAUUCGUGACCAAAUAACUUUUUUAGUUUUCCAAAUUUGUACUUUUGAAAACUGUAAUUUUUUUAAACCAUUUAGAGGGUCCAGCAAUUUAUAUAGUAUUAUGUAAGUCACUGGCAGACAGCCAAUUUGAAUAGGACCUAUUUUCCGUUUUGCCCAAGGUAUUUUAUGCUCGUGUCAGCAUCACAUUAAUGAAAAUCCACCUUUAUUUAUCUACUUAUUGUAACUUUAUUUUUACAUUCUGUAGUCAAUGCAGUGAAGUAUCUAUUUGAUCAGGCUAAUAAGAAUGUGAUUGACACCAAUAAAAAAGAUCGUUAUGUUUUUAUUUGACAUGGCAUUAAAAGCACAAUCCAACCACCAUUAUUUGUAACUCAAAAUUGAAGUGACCAGUAGGUAACGCCUAGAUUUCACUGUGGCUAGCCUUUAUUGAUGCUACUAGGUGGUAUUUUUUAUAUUUACUCUUACAAAUGCAUUUGAAAUUACUUCGAAAUGUGCAGUAUGAGAUGAUAUUGGGCGAAUUUUUUUUAGUACAUUGAUGUUUGGAAUUCAAACUCAAACAUGAUCCACAAAGUUGACAAGCCUCAAUAUUAUUCUCACCAAGCAGGCUUUGAACCGAUCAUUAAGUCAAAUACUUUAUUUUGUGGAUAGAAUUUCACCUAAAAUAAUAGUAUAGAAUGUGGUUUGCAUUGACUUCAUAAUCGGUUUCCUUUUAAUGGAAAUAUUGUAUAAGUACUGUUAAAAUCUCAAAUAAUUAAAAAAAAAUGUAAGUUUUCGUAGAAAACACGCAUAAUCCUACCAUUUUAAUUGCGUUGUUAAAAAUAAUAGCAGGUAUACUUUAUAACGAGCUUUAUUUCCGUCGAUUUAAUAUUAAAUUCGAUAAAAACUUUAAAGUAAGAAUCUAUGCUUAUUGAGUUUUUCAUCUUGUUAAUGUAAUAAUUUAAAGCAUGUUAGUUGCUUUGAAUACUAACUUUAUUUUUCAGUAUGAACCAUUUUCAAACUUCCCUUAAAUUAUUUUUUUACCUCCUGAUCAUAAUGUUUGCAAUAUCCAACAAUACAAUUUUUAUGUUUGAAACUAAUGUUGCAUAACGCUAUGCAUUAUCUGCAAUAUUUUUAACAAUUAUUGAAAAACAUUGAAACUCGUUCAGUAGUAUUAAUUGCUUAUUGGUAUUUGACUAUUUGGUCUGUAACUUAUUGUUUCACAAGUCAUUCAACACCAUUCCUUUGAAAGAUUGUCAUUUAUAUCUAAGAAAAUAUCAUUAUACCUGUACAAAAGGUGUAGGCGUUUGGAGAAACGUCGGCUAUGUACAUAUUUUUUAGUUAUAGCAUAGUGCAGAACAUCUUAUAACAGCAGACAAUGUGCCUUAUUUUUGCUGCAGUUAUAGGCAAAGCUCCUAAGCUAAAGUGGUCCGUCUAUAUACAAAUUGUACCAAAUUAUGUAAAUU